UGAAAUGGUCAUUUGAUUGGAGCUAUAUGGUCAGAGGCUUAGUUCUUGAUAAAAAGAGGGGGAAUAUAUUAAAGAUGGACCGACACAAAUAUGUGAAAGUAGCUUAUCAUGGAUUUAGGGAGCUUUCCAAGGAUGAUAAAGUCGCUACUUAUGGCAAUACCUUGCUUCGGGAUUCAUUUGAUGAACCUGACUAUGCACUUAUUGAUACCCUUUUCUCUCUUGCUGAAGCCUACUUAUUCGCUCAGUUGGUGGACUUCAAGGACAAAAAUCCAGGAAAAGUUCCUGAAGAUGCAGAGUAAGAGAGUAACCAGUACUCUUUUUCAGCUUUAUGGACAGUAAUGCCAAUCUGUGUUUCUGCCAAUGUCUUCUUUGAUCCGGCUUUGCUUGCAAUUAUUUUAUUAUUGUCUCAUCAUUUAUUUUUCUUUUCUAUUAGCUAGAGGUGUAAACACAGAUUAACAGAAGUUUUUCACAAAUAUAUCUACCAAUCUAUCACGA